UAUUUACAGUUGUGUUCCUUUGCAUAUAAAUCGGUUUGAUAAAGUUUUAUUUAUAAUUAUUUUAAUUGUAUAUAUCCAAAGUUAUUUUAUUCAUACAUGUAGGAACACAACACAAAUUCAGUAGUGUGAUGACACUUCUACGUUUUCUCCACAAAUCAUUUCGUUCACAUAGAAUUUCAUUUUUACUGUGUGUUGUGUUUCAAAGCAACUCCACAAACAUAUUUUAACACCAAAACGUGAUACAGAUAAACACAAAAAACAUUCCUCAAAACAAUUAUAGAAAUAUGCGUAACAAACUCCACAGGGUGCAAAUUUUUCAGGGAAAUAAAUCAAUUCUUCUUUGCCCUUCUGUAUUAUGCAGGAAAGGAAAAUAAGAAUUAGUGUAUAAAGCAAUACAGUUCAUAUAGGUCAUUUUAAAUCAUGCCUGCACUUGUGCUAUGGCACCCAGCACACCAUUACUGUGUGCGUGCUGUAUAUUGUGUUAUCAAGCGUUGUUUGUAUCAUUUGUAUCAGUCACAAAUGCUGAUAAGACACGCCAAGUGUACCUUUUGUGACCACCCACUAAAUCAACGUCUGAUGAAACCACCACUAGAUGGCAGCACAAACACGGUCGGAUUAUCUUGCUUCUCUAAAUAUUCAAUGCUGUCGUCAUAGCAAACCCGUUGGCACGCAUUCAAGCCUGUGACCCCAAGGACGGUGCCCUUUUGUGCUCACAAGCCAUGCCACGAAACAAUUGUCUCUAUAUAAAACUUAAAAACAAAACCCAAUAGGAUACCGUGAUCUCGUAACACACAGUAGGCUACAGUGAUAAGAAAACGACAUGAACUUUAUGAGUGUCCGGCGCGGUGACUACAGUAUGUUGUGAAGUAAAGCGCCUACAGUGAUUGGCAGGUGGUUGUCCGUCCCCUUUUCCUUUCAUCGUCCAUGAGCUCAUAAUGCAGCACAAACAGUGAAAGCAAGCCACUUAUUGUCUGAACACGGGUAAUGGCGACAGAAGCGAUGGAGCUGAACGGAGAUGCCAACAGAGGGAAUGGUGUAGAGCCUCCUCGGCCGAGCCGCUUCACCAGGAACACCCCCAUCAACAUGAACCAUUACGCCAAUAAGAAGAGCGCAGCGGAGAGCAUGCUGGAUAUAGCGCUCCUGAUGGCCAACGCCUCUCAGCUGAAGACCGUUGUGGAGCUGGGCUCUGGUUUCUCCCUCUACAUCCCCCUCAUCACCCUCAUCAGCAUCUCUCUCAUCCUGCAGAUCAUUGUGGGGGUCCUGCUGAUCUUUAUAGUGAAAUGGAAUCUUAACGACACAAGUAAACACUACAUACUGAAUCUACUGGAGAACAUUGUCACGGCUCUCGUCUUCAUCAUCGUAGUAGUAAAUGUUUUCAUCACAGCGUUCGGUGUCCAAAAACCAGACGAAAAGAAAGUGUAGGGCAAUGUUUUCUUGUGGUAUGCACAACCAAAGGAUAUUGAAAAAGACAUUAACAUUAGAAUCCACACUGGCGUCACGAUAAAACUGUGUGCAGUUUAUGUCAAUGAAAAGCCUUACGUUUUUAAAAACAGAACUUUGUUUUAUCGGGCAACAACAGUUUUAUGCGAGUGUUUGUGGACUGUUGUGGAUCAACUACUGAUGACCCCAAUUGUACUUAAAAAAAAAAAAGUCUGAUUAUACAUAUUAAAUAAUUAUGUUUCAUUAUAAUUGUGAAUAUGGAUCCAUGUUAUCCAUACACAAAGCAGUACAAUCUCUGUUCCCUUUAUCUUUAGGAUGCAUCUUUACUUCCCAAAAAACCACUGUUUCUCUAGCAAUCUUUGACUAUCUGCUGUUUCCUGUCACAACUCUGUUUCCACUGAGAUUAUUCACACUGCUCAAGGAACUCUGGAGAGUUUUACCGAAUCUGUGUACUCAAAGCUCUGCAGAUUUCUUUAGAACUGAAAUAUCAGUUUAGUUCCUAAAAAAACAACUCAUGGAGUUGGACCAAAUAUUUACCCUUUGGAAGUGAAAUUAAGCCUCGUUCUUAAAUCCUCAACCCAGUGGACUGUACCAAUGCAUUUGCAUUGGAUUUUCAUAUUGCCUACCGGACAGCCUCUUAUAUGAAAUAUAUCUGAAAAGCUGAGUUUAUAGAAGUUGUACAGAUUUUGAUAUGUAUCUUUAACUACACAUUUCAACUUUGUGUUCACAAUAACGAAUGCACAAUGUAAGAUGGUAUUAUUCAAUGGUGAUACUAUAUUAAGAAGCCUUGAUUUCUGAAGGAUUGACCAAACACAGUGAAGACUGAUAUAACAGCGCCCUCUGCUGAUGGAGCUGUUCAGUAAAGACUCUUUAUAAUAAGUUUGUCUUCACAAAUCUUUUAAGUAAUUUACUGACUUUCCGUUUUCUCGGUUGUGAUUAUUUUAUUUGAAUGUUUCUUUUAGCCUUUGCAUUGUUUAUAUCAGAAUUUGAAUACAUAAAUAAAUAAAAAUGACCUUUGAUAUGCAUUCUUUUCAGAGCAAAGCAUUAUCUGAUUAAAGAAAAUUAACGAAACAUGAACUUAGUUGUCAAUU